GUGAAAACGGAAGUAGGUACGUGGCCGCUUCAGCCGACAGUCUCUCCAUGAUGGCGACGGAGGUUCAGCUUCGAAGCGGCGACCUCGACAGUGCUGCCGCCAGCCGCCUGGACGUCUCCGUCGACGGCCUCACCCUCACUCCUGAGCCGGAGGACGAGCACGGCGGGUCCGAGGAGCCGCAGCCGGAGCCCGGCAGUGUGACAGCGGGCGGCACCGAGGCUGCAGAUGGAGGAGAGACUGACAAAUGUGCCGUGGAGGGGAAAUGGGGCUUUCCUCUGCAGGAGCUGUACGGAAUGGCGCUUAAAUUCUUUAAAGAUAAGGAUGGAAAGGCCUUCCACCCCACCUACGAGGAGAAGCUUCGCCUGGUGGCCCUCCACAAACAGGUGCUGCUGGGCCCUUAUAAUCCCGAUGCCUCCCCCGAGGUCGGCUUCUUUGACGUCCUGGGCAACGACCGCAGAAAAGAGUGGGCCUCAUUGGGUAACAUGGAGAGGGAGGAGGCCAUGGUGGAGUUUGUCCAACUGCUUAACAAGUGCUGCAACCUCUUUGCGCCCUACGUCACCUCACACAAGAUAGAAAAGGAGGAGCAGGAGAGGAAAAGGAAAGAGGAGGAGGAGCGUCAGAGGCAGGAGGAGGAGGAGAGGGAGCGACAAAGGCAAGAGGACGAGAGACGACGGCUGGAGGAGGAGGAAAGGCUGAGGCGUGAGGAGGAGGAAAGGCGGCUGGCAGAGGAAGAGAAGCUACGCAUAGAGCAGCAGAAGCAGCAGAUAAUGGCGGCCUUGAACGCCCAGACCGCCGUGCAGUUCCAGCAGUACGCGGCGCAGCAGUACCCAAACAGCCCCGAGCAGCAGAUCGGACUCAUCCGCCAGCUCCAGGAGCAGCACUACCAGCAGUACAUGCAGCAGCUCUACCAAGUCCAGCUGGCCCAGCAACAGGCGGCCUUACAGAGGCAGCAGCAGGUUGACCCGACGGCGCACGCCCACCAGGAGGCCGGUGGCUUCUGCAGCGGCGAUCCCAUCGCAGCGUCGGCAGCGGGGCCGAUGUGCGCGGCUUCACCUUCCAGCGAGGACACCCCGACCGUGAAUGGCGGCGGCGGCCACUCCGACCCCUCCAUGGAAAACACGGACCGAGAGCUGGACCCCGAGGCGGCAGAGGAGGUCUCGGAGAACGGGCCGUUAUUAGCAGACUCUCCACCCGUCAUCGCUGCUCCCUCCAUGUGGACGCGCCCGCAGAUCAAAGACUUCAAAGAGAAGAUCCGCCAGGACGCCGACAGCGUGAUCACGGUGGGGCGCGGCGAGGUGGUGACGGUGCGCGUCCCCACGCACGAGGAAGGCUCCUACCUGUUCUGGGAGUUCGCCACAGACUAUUACGACAUCGGCUUCGGGGUCUUCUUCGAGUGGACGGAUGCGGCGUCGGCCUCGGUCAGCGUGCACGUGUCGGAGUCCACCGAUGAGGACGAGGAGGAGGAAGGGGAGCCCCCGAGUGAAGAGGAGAAGGCCAAGAAGGGGGCGGGGAAGCCUCAGGUGGACGAGAUUGUGCCGGUGUACCGGCGGGACUGUCACGAGGAGGUGUACGCCGGCAGCCACCAGUACCCCGGCCGCGGCGUCUACCUGCUCAAGUUCGACAACUCCUACUCGCUGUGGCGCGCCAAGAGUGUUUAUUACAGAGUCUACUACACCAGAUAAGCCUGAACCGAGGAGUGUCUAUGUCCAUAUAUAUAUAUAUAUAUAUACAUAUAUAUAUAUAUAUAUAUAUAUACGUCUGUGUGUGUUUGUAUGAAGGCAGCAGGUGCCUGGGUUUAUGUCAGGAGCAAUUCUGAAAGCCACCACCAGAGGGAGACAAAUAGACACACCUGGAGCCCUGUUUUUUUUUCCUUUUUUAGGUGAAGGGACCAAUGUUAUGGAUUUAUUUGUGUCCCAAGCUGAUUCCAUGGAAGAGGAGUGUCUAUCUACUCCCUACCUGUCCUUGUCACACAUGUUUUAUUCGGCCUCUUUUCAGCCUGGGAUCUUGCACUCUUCAGCCAGUGUUUCUUCUUUGCUCUUUCUCCAGGGAGAUCAAAUACGCUAAAAGGCGCAGCGUAAAGAGUAACAGCCAUCACUUUCUUUGUGAACGUCGUCAAGACGUGCGCUUUUGGCACAAUUAAUGAAGGAAGUCCAUGUCUUUGUUGGUCCACAAAAGUCCCCGUGCAAAUAGACAAAUGCAUGAUUGAAGUCCAACGACAAAUAUCCCGUUCAAACAUUUUACCACCUUUUGUUCAUUUCAUCAUUUUCGUCCAUCUCCAAUGUUCCUGUACCAUGUGUGUGGUUUCUCUCUUGUUGUUUCUCACUAAAUGGAGUUUUUUUUUUGUAUGUAAAUAAUGAUAUAAAUAACUUUAAGUAUGGGGCGGGUGUGUUUUAGACUUGGGCAAAAAGGUCGACGCACUGUUAAAAGUGUAGGAGGAAUGAAAUAAGACUUUAUACAUUUUACCCCACAAAUAGGAGAAAAAAAAAAGGAGGUUUAAAAAAAUCUGUCGGGAGACACUUUUUGUAUUGUUUUGACUUGUUUGGGUCUCAUGAGUUCUCCAAGAUAUAUUUGGUCAUAUAUUUAAUCAUGAUUAAAAUUAUGUUAUGGUCAUCUC